GGAGGGCAGCCACAGCCACAGACAGAGGGAGGCAAAGCAAGUUUGUGCAUCUGAUGACAUACCUCUGGGGGAAACUUAGAACUGUAGGAGAGGCCCCACCAGAGCUAUUGGAAUCCUGAGUUAAUGAUUACAGUGAAGCAGAGUAAGGCCAAAAACAAGAGGACUCUGGUGAAACCGAAAAUGAGGUGGAGAGAGAAUUCCGCACCGUAGGAAAUUCAGUGAGAGAGAGGCUCAGGUUCUGUUGGUGAAACACUGAGUUUGGACUGACCGGCCAGUGGUAAGCCAAGAGAAGAAGGUUCUGAAAUAUUCUGGAGCACUUGAUAUCAUGCGAAGGGAAUUUUGAAUUACAAAUAGAAGAAAAUGGGAGAGCAAGGCAGUUUUGAGGAGGGGUAGGUUUACGAUAUUUACAUGGACUAUUUCGAUUUGCUACAGUGUUUCACAGAAGGGAUCUAUAGAAGCUGGCACGCCGCUGGGAUUUAUGAGGUGGGUGGAGCAGGGAGCUUGGCGAGGCCCAGAUGUGGCUUCCAGACCUGGCAGAGAGCGGAGGUAUGCAAAUGUGGUGGUUGCGGACAUCGGGCAGCGGAGUAGCCCAGGUGCCCAACAGUUGCUGAGCGCUCCCAGGUGGGUCUGGAAAGACAUUUGCUCAGAAGUGAGCUGGGCUCCCAGAAGCGCUCUAAUUUCUUCAGAUCAUCUGAUAGCAGUCUCUGAUGUUUACCAGCUUCAGGGAGAUCAGGCCAUUGUGAUUUUUUUUUUUUUUUUUUUUUUUUCUGUAAUAAAACUAGCCCCAGCCAGCCAGACUGGGAACUUACUGCCUGAGCUGUUUUCCAACAUGGUUUUGCUGGCAAAACUAGACAAGAGUGUUUCCUCGACUCUCAAGGGGCCUGUUUACACUGACUUUAUUUUUUACUGCCAGUUUUCAAGUGGGAAGAGGGAGAUUAUAUUUAAAGGUCAGCAGAUGACAAGCGAAUGCUCCCAAUUUGGAUAUGAGAGCUGAAGGGAAGAAUUGGGAAGGGAAGUGUCUGGUCCAUGUACACAUUCCCAAGGAAAUUUAGCACUGAGACUGACAUUCCUGGGAAACCAAUUUGCAACUGUUGUCCUCCACUGAGGGACAAACCACAACAUUGCUGCUCUACUAAGGAUUGACCGAGAAACCAUGAAAUCCCCGUCUGCAGGAGACUUGGAAGACUACCUACUGAAUAAGGUGGACUUGAGGCGCCAGCAGAUCUCGCAGAUUGUGGAGGAGGUACAGAGGGUCAUCCACCAUCUGACCACAGAGAUCAGCCUCCAAGACCUCCGAUUUCAGGCCGUCCCUUACUCUGACACAUACAAUGGGAACAUUAAGGUUUUGGCCCCCAGCCAGUUCCUCGUCACGGUCCCGGUGAAGGGCCUGGUGGGGUACAGGGAGGCCAGGGAGCAGCGCUGGCGAUACUACACCCUGCGGGGCACCAGGCUCCCCUGUCCCUUGCAGGACCCAGAGGGCCUGCGGCAGUGGCUGGAGGCGGAGCAGUUCAUGAAGAGCCAGUGGCAGUGGCAUGAGGCAGACGUGAACAUCGAGGGAGAUAUUGUGCCCGCCAAGGUGCUCCAGGUAUUCCGGAAGCUGGUAGAAAACGCAAUUGGAACCUGUCAUCUCUCAGGUAAGGUCAGCAUGCUGACGCAGCUCUCCGCAGUUUGGGUUGCCGUGGAAACCUCCACAUGUCAGGUGGAGCUAGAGCUGGUCCCCACGGUGGAGAUCCCUACCGUCUGGCCCGAGAAAGCUCGCUGGCCUCCCUGUCUGAAGCGCUGGCCUUCCCGACAACGAGUGGAGUGUAUCAAGUCGUUUGGGUUUGCCUUGUUGGCCUGUUCAAAUUAUCACUGGCAGCAGAGUUUCCUGCAGGCUGAGCAGGUGCUGCUAGACCAGCUGGAUGAGGACGGGGGCUGCCGCAGGAAGUGCUUCCAGGCCCUGAGGCAGAUGAAGGAGGACGUCUGGUGUCCGGGAAGGAGGCCUGUCGUCACGUCCCACCAUCUGCAGACGGUGCUCUUUUGGACUUGUGAGAAAUACCCCCACCCGAAGGAGUGGCAGGUGUUCAGCAAAGCGUUCCUGCGCCUGGUGAGGAAGCUGCACAAGUGUGUGAGCCAGCACUUUCUGAAGCACUAUUUCGUGCGCAAGAGCAACCUGCUCCAGCAUGCCAGCUCGGGCGAACUGGACACCGUGGCCCAGAAACUGGCUCUCUUCCUGAAGAACCCCCAGAUCGGCCUGCCCUGACGCUGCCCCUGCCUGGGAGGCUCUUGAACGCUUUAUCCUGGCUCGACCUCGUUCCCUGGAGGAUCCUGCUCAGGAGAGAAGCAACGUGUGGCACAGGAGAUGACAUUGGCCCACUAGCACUUAAGGGGGGAACACUGUACCCCAAGAUGUCCAAUCUCAGCUUCCCUAGAGCCAAGCAAGCAUUUCAGCCCUCACGAGCUACCUCUCUCGGGGACAAGCUGUCAUCAGGCUUCCCCAAGCCAUCGAUUCUGAGCUGCUGACAGCACUGGAUGUGUUCUCCUCGCUUGGGCUCUGAGUGUCUGCCAGGGAGGAUGGAGACAGGAACCCCUGGGGGGCCAGGCAUCGGCCUGCGGCCCAGGACUGGUGCUCCAGCCCACUGACCGUGGGCUCAUUACCUUUCCACUCGCAAAUGCAGCUGUGAAUGUACCUUUCUGAGCCUGGGGGACUAUGCUGGUGCCCUUACUAGAGGAGGGCACUGGGUCAACACAAAGUGUUAGUCAUUGGUUGGUAGCCAGUGUUUGCCUGCUGGAUCGGCACCAACACCGCUGACAGGGUGAUUGUGUCUGACCGGUGGGCACACCUGCCCUGGCCUUCCUGCCCUCAGUUCUCCUGAACCGUACUUUGGGUCGUGUGGUUCUAGCUGCUUCCCUGGUGUUCUCUAAGAGGGGAGAGGGUGGUUUUGAUGGCCAGUGUUGGCCAGAGGUGAAAGUUCAGCCCUGCUUGCCAGCCUGCUCCGGCCAUUCCCCUUUUCUUGUGCCCGAUGUUUUAUAUUCUUGGAAUGGGCCCAGGAUGAUGACCUCCAAGAAAUGGCUUGGUGUCACCCACCUCUCAAUACCUGCCUUUGCUCACUUCAUUUGCUCACUCAUUCAUGGGUAGAUACAUGCUCAUUAGGCACUGGGAGUAGAGCGAGGAGCCAAAUGGACAAAGGAUGUACCCGUUGGGGGACGGCACCUAAUGUCAAAGACAGGAAGUGCACAACAGAUAAAUAAACACGAUUAUUACAAAUGGUAGCAAGUGCCCUGAAGGAAACAAACAGGAUAUUGAAAUAGAGCCACAGAGAGCUCCUCGAAGGAUGAAAAUGCAAACAGCUGAAGGGGAAGGGAAGCGGGGGGGCAGGGCAGGCUUGGAGGGGCUGGAAUGGGUCAGAUCACUGAACCUUGUAAAGCUGGCAAGGAAUCUGUAUUUUAUUCUAAAAUCAAAGGCAUGACAGUUGGCCUUUCCCAGAGCAGUAGGGUAUGAUGAUAUGAUUUGCAUUUUGUUUGUUUAUUUAUUUAUGACUUGCAUUUUAAAUGACCAGUCCAGUGACUGUAUAAAGGGGGCAUAGUGUCCCACCCAAGAGUUGAGGCAUUGAAGGCCAGUAAGCCCACCCAUUUUGAAUUUCACUGAGAUCCACGGGCCACACAUCCCAUGUGGCACAAAGAAUGCUUGGGGAGGUCAAUGCUUUCUUCUGGUACUUAUUUAAGAUUUUCAACUCAAGGGAAUCCUUUAUUACUCAGAACAUUUCCCCCACCGAAAUUUCUAAAACCAUGAACAACUGAGUUUUUUUUU